GACGGUCAGAGAGGAGCUGAGGAGUCGGUCCAUCCUGUGACUGAGAUCAGCUGCAUGUCGACGGAUACAGCUUUAAAAAAAAAGAAAAGAAAAGAAACGCGAGCAGGAGCUUUAAGUGGACCCAGUGUGGUGUUGGUGCUGAAUGGCGGCGCGAGGUACGGCGUGACAGCGCUGCGGCACGCGCUGACUUGUUCGGGGGAAAGUUUGAUUGGGCCUGCUGAUUGUUGCUUAGUGUCGGAGGACCUCUCUGCCCGACUGCAGCGACAGCGCCCCGUCGAUGUUCCAUUGCUUUUCCAUUUCGACCUGAGCUCUGGCUCGGUAUGUCGGAUGAAGAUUCCCGUGCCAGCACCAGCUCUUCCUCCUCUUCAUCCUCAACUCAUCAUCAUCAUCAGCAGCAGCAGGAGCCGAACUCCCAGAAGAAACGAGAAAGCAAAGCCAGCAUGAGCAAGACGUCCAAACUCCUCUCUACGAGUGCGAAAAGAAUUCAGAAGGAGCUGGCUGACAUUACGUUGGAUCCGCCACCAAACUGCAGCGCCGGGCCUAAAGGAGACAACAUCUAUGAGUGGAGGUCGACCAUCCUGGGCCCUCCAGGCUCCGUGUAUGAGGGAGGAGUGUUUUUCCUGGACAUCGCCUUCACACCAGACUACCCCUUCAAACCACCCAAGGUGACGUUCCGUACGAGGAUCUACCACUGUAACAUCAACAGUCAGGGAGUGAUCUGUCUGGACAUCCUGAAGGACAACUGGAGUCCUGCCCUCACCAUCUCCAAGGUCCUACUGUCCAUCUGCUCCCUGCUCACUGACUGCAACCCUGCUGACCCGCUGGUUGGAAGCAUCGCCACACAGUACACAACAAACAGACCAGAACACGACAGGAUAGCCAAACAGUGGACCAAACGCUACGCCACAUAAUCAUCAGGAGGAGCUGCUGGCUGAUUGGACGACUUGGGGAUAUGUGGGGGCGUCGGCUCUGUGGGGCGGGGGAGGGUAUGUGUGCGUGGCUCCCAGUUAGAGGAGCGAGGCAGGACAGGUAGAGAGGCGAAUUUUUAUCAGAAUUGAAGUCUUUAACUCCUGACAUUUUGUUGUUUUAUUGUGUUUUUUCUUCUUCUUUUUUUUUAAGUUAUCUCCGGCCCAACUCUAAUCAAAUCUGGCAAUAACGUAUCCUGUGUUUCUCUUUUCAAUUUUUUUUUUAGUUCAUGCUUGAAGAUGGAAAUUAAAACUGCUAGAUAAAAUGUGUCACAGCAUGAAUCCCUGUCGAUCUGUAAAUUCUCACGUUAAAAAAAAAAAAAGAAAAAAAAAACUCCAGUUGGUGUUUGCUUCCCCCCUCUUUGAAAAGCUGUUUUACACAUGUAGACAUGUUUAGCCAUGGAUGGACAAUGGUUGUGAUUUGUGUUCUGUACUGAUAAAAAGCUGUUUUGUUUCUCCCUUAAAGAAUUAAACAUGACCA